ACCAGUGCGCCUGCGAACAGCGCGGCACCGCGUCGUUUUGGCUUCACAGCUCGCGGUGGCGCAAAGUGGACAGCAGGAAGCACGUUUGAGGGCGUUUGGGACGUUUGGCGGAGCAAGCCCACGCAGCCAGGAGCGCGUGGCCAUGGCCUCCAAAGACACCACGGCGUCGGGCUUCGCCAGUGUCAGCAGGGAAAUGACAGAGAGCAUCAGGAAGGUGCUGGACAAACAAGCCAUUAAAUUUGUGAGAGCUAUCAAACUGGACACCAGGAGCGGUAAAUCGGAAGACAGGAUUCUGGUCCUGGCAACAUGGAGACUGUAUCUCUUUUCUGUCAAAGUGCCUACAAAGGUGGAAGUCACAUUCAACUUCUUGGAAAUACGUGCAAUGAACACUUAUCAAGAGCAUCAGGUUAUAAUCGAUACAGACAAGAUCACUUAUUCACUGAGACUGGAGACCCAGGACCAGUUGGAUCACAUGGUCAAUCACAUCAACUACGCCCUCUCCCGAGUCUUCAACAACUCCAUUUAUGCUCCACCUAUUUGUCGAGCAGAAGGAGACAUGACUGAUGGAAUUCACAAAUAUUCACCAAUUUCAGAGUCAUCUUUAGACUCCCAGAAAACUUGCGGAGGCUUUUCAGAGACAUAUGCAGCUCUUUGUGACUACAAUGGAAUUGGGUGCAAAGAGGAAGUGCAGUGGGAUGUUGACACCAUCUACCACUCUCAGGAUAACCGGGAGUUAAACUUGCUGGAUUUCAGUCAUCUUGACAGCAGGGACCUGGCUGUGAUUGUGGCAUCCAUUGCGUACAACACUUGGUUCACCAAGCUGUACUGCAAAGACAUGCGUAUUGGGUCAGAAGUGGUGGACCAGGUCCUUCACACAGUCAGCAAGUCCAACAGCCUGGAAGAACUCACUCUGGAAAAUGCUGGGCUAAAAUCCGAUUUCCCUCAAAAAAUGGCAUCAGCCCUGUCUGAGAACCCAGCCUCCAUGAUCCACUCUCUCAACCUGGCUCAGAACACACUUGACAACCAAGGGGUUUCCAAUCUGAUUCAACAAGUGUGUCGUCUAAACAAGGGCCUACGUCUCCUGAAUCUCUCAAAGACCUCGCUUUCUUCCAAAGGUGUUGUGUCUCUGUCCCAGGCAUUGUGUUCAAGUGAUGAUUACUCCAAUUCUUUGCUGCACCUUGACCUUAGUAAAAACUCAGGGAUUCUGUCUGGAGAAGAUGCCACGAAUCUGUACCUCUUCCUUGCCCAGCCCAACUGUCUAGUGCAUUUGGAUGUUUCUGGAACGGACUGCACAGUGGACUCGUUGUUUGGGGCCUUGCUGAGAGGCUGUUGCGCGGAUCUUUCCUACCUGAACCUGUCCAAGAAUUUCUUCUCUAACAGGAAAGCAAGAGAUUCUCUGCCAACUUUCCGGCAGUUCUUCAGCUCAGCAUUCAGCCUGACUCAUGUCAGCUUGGCCUCCAUGAAGGUUCCUCCUGAUUGGCUGAGAGCUCUGUUCCUUGGUCUUUGCAAUAAUCCCCAUAUCACCGAUUUGCAGUUGGACAUCAGCGGCUGUGAGUUAAGGUCUGCAGGUGCUGGGGUUAUUCAAGAACUCUUUCCAAGAGUUUCGUGUGUGGGGACUUUAGAUAUCUCCGAUAAUGGCUUGGACUCUGACUUGCUAGCUGUCAUCCCAGCAUUCUCAAGACACCCCUCCCUCAAACACCUGAUGCUGGGGAAGAACUUCAACAUCAAGGGCAGGGUGCUGGAUGAAAUACUCCAGAAACUGGUUCAUUUGGUUCAAGAGGAAGAGUGUGUCCUGCAGUCUCUCUCUUUGGCUGAAUCGAGACUCCGCCAGCGGGGCACCAUGUUGGUCAAUGCGCUGGGCUCUAACACAUGCCUACGGAAGGUGGACCUGAGUGGCAAUGGCCUGGAGGAUUCCGGAGCAAAGAUGCUCAGCAAAGCCCUGCAAAUUAAUACAACACUCAGAAGUGUUACAUGGGAUCGCAACAACACCACGGCAACAGGCUUCCAAGAUGUGGCAAGAGCAUUGGAGCACAACUUUACACUGCAGUACAUGCCCCUCCCCCUCAGUGAUGCCACACAAGCAUACCGCAGUGCCCCAGAGAAGACCGACCAGGCUCUGACCAAGAUCCAACGUGCCCUGCUCAGAAACAACCAGACGCAGCGUUUCUCUCAAAAGCAAGCUCUUAGACUGCACCUGGGCCUCGUCACCAAUACAGCUGAACAGGUGAUGGAACGUUUGUGCGUGCGGGUGCAACAGCAGAUUAGUGUCCUGAAAGGCUCUGAGGAAGCAGAGGAGGUCCAAACAGCCAGGCAGAUCCUCAAAGAAGCCAGAAACUCCAGAGCUCUGUAUCCUUCCCUAUGUGAGCUGGCUCAUGUGUUGUCAGUGGAUGGCCCAGUCAGACAACGACUGGAUACUCUGGCCGGGGAGCUAACAAGGGCUGCUGACAAAGAGCUUCAGGUGGUCGUGGACUCAAUGGUGUCUCUGUGCCGGGAGCUGUGUCCUAUGUCCUGCUCAGCUGCUGAGAGACUCAGCCCACAUCUCUCAUCCAUCUCUGAGCAGGUUUCGAUCCCUCGCUCUGCCAUACGCAGUGCCCUCAUGGAACGAGCAUCUGAGGAUAUCAACAAAGCCCUCGAGGAGGUGAAGUUGUCCGUAGUGUCCUAUUUAACAAACUCCAUCGUGGAUCAGAUUCUACAAGAACUCUACACGACCCAUAAAACACUGCUGCGGGAAGUGUCUCAGACGAAGCGUUGGGAUGAUGUGGAGAUGGGAAGACAUACAGUCAGACAGUCCAGAAUCGCGGCGUCUCUGGAAUUCCCGGAUGAAGACGUGGGUGUCAACCUGGGAAUAGACACCAUGGCUAUAAAGAAGCGGAGCUCCAGAACCAGAAGAAUCCGUCCCGUCUCCACCAGACCAAGUCUCGGAGACGAGCCCAGUUCCUCCCCCACACCCUCCGCACAUCUUUCCCACUCGGCAUCAUGGGAGUGCCUGUCCACCCUUCCCACCAACGGCUCGCCCUUGCGCCAUAUGACGCACGUAAGGCCCCGUCCUCCACGGAGACACAGAGCAGUGCACCUUCCCCCAGAAUCUCAUUACUUUGAAAACGGAGGGGUCAAUACGCUGGAUGAUGGAUUGCCGGACUUCUACAGCAAGAGAGUUCUCCCUGACAGUCAGUUGUCAUCCAUCCACCAAGCCCAGUCACUGAGGAGGAAAAAGAGACGCAGUAUGUUGUCGAUUUUCUCUGGUUUCCGCAAGAACCGCAACUCUACCAUAUCAAACCAGGAGUUAGACAGCACUUCAGAGAAUGUCUACUCGAUGAUUCAGCACCCAAAGGAUGAUGGGAGAGCAGAUAAUUCGGUGCAUGGAGCAAACGGGACCAUGCCCUCACCUCUGGUCAGACAAGGUGUUCCUUUGCAAGGCUUGAGGCCCACCAGCCCCUCCUACCUCAUUCAGCGACAGUCCACAGACCUGGUCAGUAUGGUGUACAGCUGCAUUGGUGCAGACAUUGAGGAAUCGGAUGCCAGCAGCACCUGUGACACCAAAACGAUGGAUGAAGUUACCGACAGGUCAACCGGCAUAUCGGGGGCCACGGCAGACAAUCGCACGAACGGCCAUGAGGUGUCCUCCAAGCAGCAGGCAGACAGGCUGGCGGAGAUCGGCAGGCAGGAGAGGAUCGUACCUCUGACUGGCCUGCAGACUGACUCUGACGAGGAUGCUCAGUGUCGCGACAAAGGUGCAAGUGGGACUCCCUGUGGUCUGAGGCCUGAGCCGCCACCUCAGAGCACCAAGCCCAGUCUUGCUGCCAUGAGGCAGAGACACCUUCAGGAGAGUUUAGCCGAGGCAGGAAGGUUGGAAGCAGUAGAGCAGAAUGAAAGAAAACGUGAGGAAAAAGAAAGGACGCAAGGACCUGAGGGACAACGUCCUCUCAUUCCUGUCAAGCCUAGUCUCGACCUCUCAAGAGACAAAACCUCUCCAGAAACCCCCAAGACUUCCCCCAAAGUCUCACCCAUUAGUCAAGAAGGAAGUGAGGCCCAGAGGAGUGCGCCUCUUGCCCAGUCUGUCACUCCGGAGGAAGUCACCAGUAGAGAGUGGAGAAGCCCGCCAGCACCUGUCAAGCCUGAAAUGGAUUCAGCUGCAGACAGUGUUGUUUGUGAAGGUAAAAAUGAGGGCCGCAAUGGAUUUCCAGCCCCGUCACGUGGCACAAGAAAGUCCAACUCUUUUGACACAGGCAUGGAGCGGGGCAGUCACUGUGAUCUGGAGAGGUUUUCAGAUCCCAGACUCCCUGUGAAAAAACCUAAUUUCCCCCAGUACAGAAACAGAUCUCUGGACUACCCCGCAGGGACCAGGUGUUAUGAAAGUCCCCACCUUGGCAACAAAGAUGCUUUAUGACGUCACACGUGGACCAGACGGGGUUUGCAUGGAAAACAAGACAAGAAAGCUGAGGGCUGGAGUGAGACAAGCUCGUAAACCGCACUGACCAUUGUUUUAAUUCCUGUAAUGUGAUUUGUUACUGAGUAUGCAUGUACUGUAUGGUUUUUAGUUUAAAGCAGGUGCACUUGUUAAGGGGCAUUUUAAAUGUGGUUCAAAAUGCACUUUUUAUACAAGAGUACAGUAGAGUUCAAUGUAUCUCCCGUAUUUGCUGCAACUGUUGUUUUAUGCUGUAAAGCUAAAUGAAUGCAAAGUAUCCUUUCUUCUCGUCCCCUGCCUGUUCUUCACUGACAAUCUGUUAAGAAAAUGAGUUUGUACUGUAUUUAUUCAAAUGGAGAUGUACAUAUUUAAUAUAAAUCUGCACUAACCUUUGUGGUAAAUCUACUGGUGAACAAUCAUGAUUUUCCUCUUUAGUGUUAAUUUAUCAUUUGUUACAUGUGAUCAGUACGUGUUAGUGUAUGCAAAUGGUUUAGAAAUUUGUUUAAUGCACUAACGCAGUCAUCUCUUCAAAGGUAUUUAAAUCAGUUGGAUAAUCAGUUAUCCUUUUAAUCUGAAUUUACUAGCGGGAAAAUGCGUAUUUUUUUCUAAAAAUGCAUCUGUUAACCAGAAUAAAUAAAAAUUACU